AUGUUGUACCAAAGCAUCUCACAUGCUAUUGCCUUAUACAAGCUUGAGCAAUCUACGAAGCAAUGCAAAGAGAUAUACACGGGCAAGCCUAAGCCGGAAAAGGUCACCUUGUUCUGGCACUUGGUAACCCUGUCACGGUUCAACAAGUACAACCCUCUUUUCACUACUUUUGCUGGAGGUACGUCUUUUGAUUUUACCAGAGUCUUGGUCCGCAACGCUCACAGUGGUACAGUCUGGUCGGUUUUGUUGGCUGGUGCUUCUGAGCUCGUCGAUCCCAAUAGCAAUAUUCAGCCUGCUUUCGUCUUCAGACAGGCCGCACUAUGCUUCAUCGCAGCUUACCUAUUUUGUGGCGCCGGUAUGGUUUGGAAUGACUGGGUGGACCGUGAUAUCGAUGCCAAGGUCACUCGAACUAAAGACCGUCCUCUGGCCGCGGGCAUCGUGACCACCACGGAUGCGAUGCUGUGGAUGGUGCUGCAGCUGCUCGUGUCUUUGUCCAUUGUCCACAAUAUGCUCAAUGGAAAGGAUGUAUUCCAACACAUGUUCCCAGUCAUCUUGGCUUCGGCUCUAUACCCUUAUGGCAAACGGCCUAUGGCUUUGAAGCUUCGCAUAUACCCACAAUACAUCUUGGGGUUCACGAUUGCAUGGCCCGCCGUUUUGGGUCGAUCCGCGAUCCACGGUCGGUACGAGUCGAUUGGCGACAGCAUCGGUUAUUGUUUGCCGCUUUGUUUCAUGGUGUUCUUCUGGAUCAUCUACCUCAACACGGCCUACAGCUACCAAGACAUUGUCGAUGACCAGAAAAUCGACGUCAACUCAUUCUACACUGUUGGAGGGCGUCACUUCCAUCGGUUCCUUCUUGUCCUGGUCAGCCCAAUCGUCAUGUGUAUGCCUCUGUACCUUUUAAGGUUCGGGUCUCUAUGGCUUUGGUUCAGUUGGAUGGGUAUAUGGACCGCGUCCUUCGCAGCACAGCUGGCGCACUUCGACUCGGAUAAACCAUCGAGUGGAGGGGGUAUACAUAAGAGUAACUUUGUCCUUGGAGUGUGGACUAUUGCUGCUUGUGCAGUUCAAGUCCUUUUGAGCGAGCAGCGGUCUGUGAGAUUUUGA